AUGGAAAGGAAAAGGAAGCCAAAUUAUGUGUCCAAUGUUGAGAUUUCAGGCAAGAGGCCCAAGGUGGCGGAUUCGAGAGGGAAGGGCCAACAAGGUCGAGGCCGUUGCGGCAAGUGCAGCAGGUCGCACGAGGGGACGUGCAGGAGGUGCCGCAAGAGGGCCCAAUGUCUAAGUUUGGCUGCAGCAGGACCAGUAUCAGCUCCUGCUUUUGCGACAUUGAGGAAUACUGACAGACGUCUAGGUCGGGAAGAUGCGCCAACGGCGAAGAGCAGGGCAUUCCAGCUGACCGUAGAGGAGGCGCGUGCAGCUCCUGAUGUUGUGUCGGGAUCGUUCCUUGUGAGCGGUAUCUCUGCUUUGGUAUUGUUUGAUUCGGGGGCUACACGAUCUUUUGUAUUGCUUGCGCUUAGCAAAAGAUUUGUUGGAGCUCCUAGCGAGCUGGAUCGUCCUCUUGAUGUGGAGAUUGCUGAUGAUAGGACGAUCAGGGUUGUGAGGAUUUAUCGAGAUUGUACCCUUCAGUUAUUCAGUGAGCGGUAUCGGGUUGAUCUGGUAAACAACAUGAAGUGA